AUGAAAGCUGUUCGUGUCGUUGGCUACCAUGAAAAUCUGCGUAUGGACGAUGUGGAGAAGCCGGAGUUGAAGGGUCCGCUGGAUGUCAUUGUAAAGAUCGGUGCAGCAGGAGUAUGCCGCACAGAUCUGCAUAUUCUCGAGGGCCAGUGGGAAGAGAAGGCGCAGGUCAAGCUGCCAUACUGUAUUGGCCACGAAAACGCCGGCUGGGUCGACCAGGUUGGUGAAGGCGUCAAGCACCUGAAAAAAGGCGACAAGGUCAUUCUUCAUCCUCUGAUGACGUGUGGCCUGUGCCGGGCAUGUCGAUUUGGUGAUGAUGUCCACUGCGAGGACUCGAGCUUUCCGGGCAUCAACGUUGAUGGAGGAUAUGCCGAGUAUCUGCGGACUUCAGCCCGCAGCGUCAUCAAGCUGGACGAUAGUCUCGAGCCUGCCGAUGUGGCCGCCCUUGCGGACGCUGGCCUCACCGCAUAUCAUGUCGUCGCCAAAGCCGCACCAAAGCUUCGACCGGGCAACUUCUGUGUCAUCAUUGGCGCAGGCGGGUUGGGCCACAUCGGUAUACAGUAUGAAGCCGUCAGUGGCGCGACUACCAUUGUGGUGGACCGCAAUCCGGAGGCGCUCGCCCUUGCGAAGAAGAUUGGCGCCGACCAUACAGUGCUCGCAAAGGAUGACGAUUCGUUCGUGAAGGAGGUGCUCGACAUCACCAAAGGCAAAGCUGCUGAGGCCGUGAUUGAUUUCGUUGCUGAGGGCGGUUCGACGAAGACCGGCGUCAAGAUGCUCCGACGGAAUGGAGAUUACUACAUUGUUGGGUACGGCGAGGACCUACAGAUACCGACGAUAGACAUCAUCUCGACCGAGAUCAACUUCAUUGGAAACUUGGUGGGAUCGUACAAUGACUUGGCCGAGUUGAUGGAGCUGGCGGCUCAAGGAAAGGUCAACUUGCACACGCAACAGUACAAGCUGGACGACUUCCAGAAGGCCAUCGACGACCUCACUAAUGGCAAGGUCAGAGGACGAGCAAUCUUGGUGCCGUGA